AUGGGCAACAUGGCGAGACAGCUCCAGAACCCCGACUACUCGGACGAUGAGUACGGAGCCGAGGAGGCCUACUUCACCUACCGACCCCUCUCCAACCUUCCCACUCCGCCGCCUUCUUCAAGAAACACCUCAGCACACCAGAGCCCAAAGACAGGCCUGGAAGAUGGCGAGGUCCUGCAAGAGAAGUUCCUGGGCCCCGCCAUCCAUCUUGUCAAUCUUGUUCCCACGUCAGCUUCUCUCACGACGCCCUCCGUUCCUCUCGUCCAGGCCAUGCUCAGCCGGGCCGGUCUCCCGCUUGAGACCAUUGCCUUGGCAGUCUGCAUUCUCGACUCUCUGAACUCCAAAUUCGCUUUGAGCUGGCGUCUUCAGUGCCCCCUGCUCGUUGAUGGCGCCUCCUCGCACAACAAGCGCCACACCCUCCACAGCCCCCUCCUCGAUCGUCGCCAGCAGCAGCAAAUGCACAUCGACUCGGUUCAGCCCGAGCUGAUCAUCCUCGCUGCUCUCGUGAUCGCUGCCAAAUUUACCGACGACUGCCAGGACUCGACCUCAUACUACUGCUCGAAAUGGGGCAAGGAUAUCUGGUCGUGCGAGCAGAUCAACGUAACCGAGCGUUGCAUCUAUGAGAAUCUCAACUAUCGCAUCAAGCCCUUGGUUGACGACGAAGAUUUGAUUACGGAUACCAUGGUCGACAUGCAGAUGGCCGCUCGCCACUACAACUCUGCUCGCCCUGCCCAGCCUCACGAGAUGGGUCACAGCAAAAGCAAGAGCAUGACCAUUGGAACUACAGUCGUCGGUUUGGGUCUGCAGCUGACUCCUGUGGAUACUCCCAAGUCCGAGAUUGAAUCCUUUGGCGACGAAGUACGCGCGGCUUUGGAGAAGACGGCCUUCGGCGGCGACUACAUGUCGCUUCCCUUUUCUGAAAAUGAAAAGGGACUCUCCCCCGUCGGAGAAGAGCUUGAUGUAUGA